UCGGGUUGUUGACUGUGGUCGACGUACGUCGUCUGGUCAGGUCUGUUUCUGAUAGUUGUUGUAAUUUGUAAAUUUGUAUUGUAACUGAACUACAACUCCAUUGUAUGUUUUUUGUUUCUACGUGAUAGUUAUUAUAGUUUUGUAAAUUAUGUUUGUGUACCAAUUCAUUCGUGUCUUUCAUGAAAUUUGUGUAACUGAUAAUCUGUUAGCUCCAAAAGUUUAUUGUUAUUCUGUGUUCUGUGGAGUCAGAUGAAUGAGGGUGUGAUUAUUCGGCUAUAAAUUAUUAGCUUUUAGUAUAUCCAGUGUUAAAUUUUAAAAGGUUCUAGUUUAUAGUGGAUUUAAUUUAGUGCAAUGGAUCUACAGUGUUUUGUCAAUUAGUGGAUUAAACGUUCGUCAAUCUUGGAUAUUUACUGUCAAAUUAAAGUGGCACUAAAAAAUUCCUGAAAUGUGAAGCUCAAGAUGACCUGACAGAGCCCCUACUUGGAACCCUUACCCAAGAAUGGAGGAUAAGAUGAGUGGAGGGGGCAGGGUGGUAGGUGGCACGAAGGUCUCGAAAAUAGCGAACAUAUUCCAAGCCGGGGGCGGUGGCGGAGGUGGGACAGAUGUGCUGGUGAUGGAGCCGCCCCUCAAGUCGCCCGAUGGGGGCGGUUUGCCGCCUCCCGUCACUGUUGUCAGGACCGAGAGUCACGUGGCCAGGUUCAACAAUGCACGAGCUCUCUUCGAAAAAUUGGGUGAAGAGAACAGAGGUCGAACAUUGGGAACGGAAAAGUCGAAAACGAAUGAUCUCAGGUCCCGAUCCAGUUCAACAAAUUCCUCGGGAGGCGGUGAAUCUCCAGUCAGGGCUAAUAGGGAACCAUCGCCAGCUUCUUCACAGUUGAAGAGGGCGACCGAGAAUGGCGUUCACCAGAAGACGAACGGCACUUACGGCAGCAACGAGUACUUACUGAACAGUGGCGGCAACAGCGCACCAAGUAACAAGGAGAAGAGCGGCAACAGCACAUCGAAGGACAAGGAGCCAUCUGUGAUACGAGCAGCGCCAGUGGUUCGGCCGGGGGCGGUGAACGGAGGCAGUGGGGGCGGUGUACCGGGGGUGGUAAAGCCAGCCAAACCCGAGAAGCCAGAGCGCAAGUUGAACAGCCGCGAGCUCAUAGAGAAGCAGAAGAACUGGACGUCGCACUUCUCCAAGUCAAGAACUACGGCUGCUAGGUACAACAGCGAUCCGAACAAGAACGAGGUAAAGGCGACUGUUAUCCAAACAGAACAGCAGCAGCAGCAACCAGUGUCGGGGGCGGUAACGGGGGCGGCAACUGCCACCCGUUCGGCCUCGUUCAAUGCACCCCGUGUGCGCUCGCCGCCUCCGCCCCAUCCCUCCACGCCACCUCCACCGCCUCCCGCACACAAACCACAUGACGAGCCCCAAUCGCCCAGCCGCAUCCUAGACGGAGAGAGCGAGAAACGCCUGAGAGAUGAUGAUGAGGAGAGGGAGGGGGGCGGGGUUGAGAGUGGUGGGGCCGAGGGGCAGCAACUGAAGAGGACGCGAACCUCCACCCCCAACCAGCAGCCGCCGCCUCCGGCCCCAACGGCCGCCUUCGAUUCAACCAAGUCACCCAUCGAUGGUCCGCCUCCAAACACCACUGCUUCCACCUUCGAUAAACCGAUCUACAAUUUCAAUGGUGACGUGAAUAAAAACACGACGUUUGGAACAGAAGCAGUUAAGACUGACGAGGAUGGCAUCUACCAUUUCCAACCUGCCAACGUUUCUUGUUCGGACUCCAUCAUUAGCAGUGAUCUGACCGAAGUUGAGGCACCAAAAAGCAGCACAUUACUCAGUGAUUCAGCCAAUACAAGCCUGCUGGAAGAGGAAGAAGCUUUGCUGAGAAAACUGGAUGAGUUGAGCCUUCGAUCUGAGGAAGUAAAGCCGGUUCGAUUCAAUCUCGGUGAUAGUGCGGAGUUGAAAGCUGGAGCAGUGGCAGCAAUGUGCAGCAGUUCAAUGAGUGAAGAUGAUUCCGGAUUUGUGUCUUCGGAAACAGCUCCAAUUAGAGAUCUGGAUAGUGGAUUGAUGGACAGUUUUGCUGGAUUAUCGGACAGCUGUGCUGGGCUGCUGGACAACAGCCUUUCGGACAGCAAGGAGAGACUGCUGGAAGGGGGUCUGCUCGACGUGCCAGACGUACAGUAUGCCGACGAAGACUCUUCUGAAGAUGAAGAAAAAGUCAAGGGGGACAGUGGAGUUCAGGAGCUUAGUCAAACUGGAAAAGCUCUGGACUCCAGUUUCAUGACUCCUGACGAAGCUGACAAUUUACUCAGUAUGAGGAUCUUGGCCAAGCGAACACGCAGCCAUGAGGCUCUAUUGUCUGACGAAGAAGCUCAGGAAGUGGUGAAGCUUUUGUCUCCCACUCCCGAACCAACCGACAUAAACGGGCAUGACCCAAUUGCGCCCGACUGCCAUAAAUUGCUCAAAAACACUGAAUCGCUCAAUGCAUCUGUCACCUCCACUUCCACCACCUCUGCCCUGGAUGAUAGGUUAGCGACGGAUAAAUUAAAACUAGACAACUCGGUAGCAUCGAGUCAAAGCAGCCUGGCUGCCACUGGUGAAGAAAGUUCGGUGGCUUCCAGGCAAUUCAUAUCGGAGUCCGACCUGUCGACGUCCAGGGACAGUUUGGAUGAGCUGGACAGAACGGCCGAGUAUGAUCACGAGGAGGACGACAAGUACAAAGGAUUUGUGCCAGAGCCCAAAAAAGUCGUGUUUGAAGAGAGUGGAGUGCACUACUAUGAGGAUGGCCACUUCUGGGUGGAGGUGGCCGGGCUGCCGGAAGCGGAGUCGGAGGAUGACGAGGAAGCGCACAUUCCGGUCAAACAGAACACCAAAGUCAAAUUCAGCUCUGGUCCCAUCAAAGUGUACAGUACGUUCUCGAUGAACGAGUACGACCGGCGGAACGAGGACGUGGACCCGGUGGCGGCGUCGGCCGAGUACGAGCUGGAGAAGCGUGUGGAGAAGCUGCACUUGAUGAGCGUGGAGCUGUUGAAGGGCCCCGAGGGCCUCGGCCUCAGCAUCAUCGGCAUGGGUGUCGGUGCCGACGCCGGCCUUGAGAAGUUGGGCAUCUUUGUCAAGACCAUCACCGACGGCGGGGCGGCCGCCAAAGACAAUCGGAUACAGGUGAAUGAUCAGAUCAUCGAGGUAGAUGGUAAGUCGCUGGUGGGUGUGACUCAGGCCUACGCCGCCUCAGUGCUGCGCAACACCUACGGCCAUGUCAAGUUCCUGAUUGGUCGCGAAGUGGAUCCUGUCAACAGUGAAGUGGCUCAGCUCAUCAGGCAGUCGCUACAGGCCGAUAAAGAAAGGGACGAGCAUCGUAGACAGCUGGAGAGGAGCAGAAACCAGUUCAUGGAAGAGGAGAACCUGGCCUCGUCCUGCAGCGAGGACAUGCACUCCUCUCAGAGGAGCCUUGACGAGGAACCCAGUGCCGACGCCCUCCGUCAACUCUUGCACGAGAGCCAGCUUAAAGCGGCAACCGCUGAGGCCGAGGUCGGUCAACUCAAAGCUAGGUUAGAAGAAUUGGAAGAAAGUGGUGCCAGCAGAGAAGAAUGCACGGAAAAACUGCGUCAGUCGGGACUGCGCCUGCGCGAACUGGAAAGAAGCAUUGCUGUUGCCAAAAAUCAGUCUUCAACCUAUCAGGACAUGCUCGAUCAGUCGCAGGGUCAAUACAUGAUACUGGAGAAGAAGUACUGCAAGGCGAAGCGACUGCUGAGGGAGUUUCAGCGCCGAGAGAUGGAUUUGCUGCACAGGGAGGAGUUCUACUUGCAGCUGCUGCAGGAAAAGGACACCGAGUACAAUGCUCUCGUCAAAGCACUCAAAGACAGGGUCAGAUAUCACUUUAUAUUAUUUUUAAAAUGUAUGAAUUUAGGGCUAAUUUCUUCUGACCUUGUGUUUCAACAGGCUGUGCAACCUCUCCUACAGCAGCUGGGUGCUGAAAUCUCGGAAGCAGAAGAUAGUCCUGAAGAGGGUGAUAAAACAUCUACUGUAGAAAGAAAAAUGCCAGUGAAGGAAGAACUAGAUCGAGCAGUCCCGCAGCACGAGCUCCUGGACGUGUCGGCCAAUAAGUCGAAAGCCGAACUGGCGACUCGGGGCGGGCUGGCCAAUCGACAGCUGCCAACCUCUGGCAAAAAGUCUGCCGGAGGAAUCAGCAAUAGCAGCUCGGAGUACGGCCUGGACGAAAGCUGUGAUGGUUCGGAGGAUGAGGAGGGCGACAACAGGAGAAAGCAGUACAACGAUUAUGUGAGCAGAGAGGAGCAGUAUGCGGCUGUCAUCAGGCACCAACAACAAUCGCUGCAGCCGCUGCAACAACACAAUCAACAACAACACCAACAGAGUCCCGAUCCAUGGGUAUCCAGGCACACACAUAUCAACAGAGGAUAUGCCUUGAGUGGGCCUCCUCCCACGUUGGCCGAGCAAUUGAAGCAGGUGUUAGCCGAAAGAGAGAGACGGUUGUCGGGCAGUAGUGAUCCAAAUCUGUCCAGUGUUUCACAGACUCUGGCUGAUGAAAUCCGACAAGCUGUUAAUGAGGCUAAUGCCAGAGUGAAGAAAGCGGGAGCGCCGCCUCCGCAGUCGCUGCUGCCGCCCCAGGCUGGCGGGGGUGGUGGCGGUCACUGGCCGCCCCUGGGGCAGCAGAGCUCCCCCUCUUCGUCGGGCAGUGUGUCACCGGGCAUAAUCACCGCUGACCCCUCGCCCAGCAAAUUAGCCUCUUCAGACUCAAGUGAUGUGUGGACUCCGAAUCAGUCGCAAGAUAUGGACUCUACUACGACAACACCGGAUAAAAAGUCGCAUAUAUGGCAUUCUGCUCCUGUUCCUGAUUGGUCCAAAGAACAGGUAUGCCAGUGGCUUCUAGCGUUGGGAUUGGAGCAGCACAUACCGAAGUUCCUGGAGCAGCAGGUUGAUGGCAAUGUCCUCCUGGCCUUGGAGUCCAGGGACUUGAAGAAUCUCAACAUCAUGGGUGAUGACAAAACCCGGCUGAAGAGGAAGUUGAAGGAUCUCAAAACGCAAGUAGAAAAGGAGAAACGUCAGCACGACAAGGAGAGGAAGGAGAAGGAGCGGCUGCUCAAGAAAGCUGAAAAACUUGCUGAGAAAGCUAACAAACGAAAAUAAGUAAUCAAGUUAGAAAACUGUCGGCCUACAACUCAUCCAUAGUGUUUCUGCAAGCGCAUCAAGGUGAUUUUGUUUCUGCAAAUCCAUAGAUUAUGAUCGGUAAAUGUUUCAUUUAUUAUAAAAUGCUCUCUAGAUAUCAGACUGAUAUUCCAUUGCUUCAGUGAUUCCAAUUGAAUUGGAACUCGUUCAAAUAGAAAAUAAAAUUCUCAAUAGCGGUAUGUUGUGUUGAUGUACUAAAAAUAUGGCUUAAUUAGGUGUAACUUAAUUCCAUGAUUGUAUUGCAAAAACUUGAUCAUUUUAGAACUUAAUUAGUAAAUCGCCAAUUCAUCAUUGUGUUUUAAUUAUAGAUGGAUGGAUCUAUAAUGGAUCUUAAUAUAAUAAAAUGAAUAAAUCCAGUGUCAACUAUUAGUGCCACCAUUUUUGUGUUCGUAUACAUAUAUUUAUCUUCCAUGUGUGAUGUGUACAUUAAUUUGUAUAUACAACUCACUUACAUGUAUGAUAAUUUCGGUUGAAAAUAGUUUCUAAAUAUCAUCCAGCUCGUUUUAAUAAAGCAAUCCCAACAUAUUUUCCCUUUUCUUUUUGAAAGGGAUAAGAAUCUUGGUAAUUGCUACAAAUAGAUUACUAUUUGAAACCCAAUUUUCAUCAAAUGAAUACAUCCAUUCGUGAAUAUUAUUCAUGUCAACAACAUAUCGAUUCUACUAUUUUUGUUUUAAAUUAAGCUCUGGAAUUACGUUACACAAAGUUCAAUUUUCAUGUAGUAUUCUUGUUAGAAAUUCAAUGAUAAAUGGUAGUACGUAUUGAACAAACUCAAUUAGAAGUAGAUGUGCGUUUAAUUUGUUCUCCUAUUAGGUAUUAAAUUAGACUUUUUCGAAAAGCCAGUCGAUCGGCUUUUCUACAUUAAACUGGCAGCUUUUAUUGACAAUUUAAAAAAUAAUAAUUUUACGUUGAGGUAGUUAUUUGAUCGGUAUUAAACUAAUUAAAAGUGGUCCAAUCAUGAAUUUCAUACAAAAACGUAUUAGCUUAUUUACAUUUUGAUAGUCUUUUUUAUAAUUUUGUAGAGUUUUCGAGAAACAUUGAUAGGGCUGGCUACCUAUUUCUAAGAGAUAAUUUCCAUUGAUAUUGGAUUGGAAUGCAUUUAUUCAAUUAAUUGAAAUUGAUUGCUUCAGAACUAGUGGUACAUAGAUUCUUGCCACAAGUAUUAGAAAUUCAACAACUCUUGUAUAUUGAACAUGGAUAUUAGUUGAUGGGGAUUGUAUGCAAUCAUGAAAUACGUGCAAUGUGAACAACGAUAAAAUUGUGGGAACUGAUAUAGACAUUGAAUCCAAUAAAUUCUUAGUCACUUGGCGUCGCGUCUAUAUUUUCAUUCAUAAUAAUUAUUGUUUGAUUGUUUUUCAAUAAAUUAUAAUGAUAUUGAUGAUCAUACUAUAUCGAUAGGUUAGAUAGCAUAAAUCAAAGAAAAUAUUUAGACUCGGUAGAUUUCUCUUAUUAAAUUAUUCAGUUGAAAUGAAUUCAUUAAGUUCACUUAUGUGUAUGAAAGCAUCUAUUACGUGUUUCCUAUUUCACGUCCUUGUUUUUUAUUUACUUAUAAAGACUGUGUUAUUUGAAUCAGAAUGUUGGAAUUGAAUCAGUUGUAUAGAACACAACAACCAUUCUUUAUUUUUUAUUUUGUUAUAGAUUUUAUUUUUUAAAUGGAGCAUUUAGUUAAGUAAAAGACAGCUAUUUAUUCAAAAGAACAAAAACUUUGUACAAGUGUUUCACAUAUUUGUAUAUUAAUAGUUCAUAGCGAUUUGUAAAAUGUAUACGUAGGUUGUGUUUUUAUGUAUUAUUGUCUUUUUUAUAUUAUAAUAUUAAUGUAUACACUAUUUAUAUUUACUGCUAGAGUAUAUGAAAUUUGUAUUAUUCCCUUUAUUUGUAAAUUCUAAUCAAGCUAUUUAAACUCACAAAUAAAUUAUUGUUUUAAAAGUGUAUGUAAUACGGUAAUUAGUGAAUAUAAAUACUCAUAAAUUAAAUCAGUGUUGAUUGUUAUGCAACAAUAUUUGUCAUCUAAAUGUCUAUGCAUUAUUUGCAUUCUGUAUUCCUUCUCUGUUUAGAGUAAAUUCUGUACUCCGUACAGAUAUAUACCGUACCUAGAUUUUUUUAAAAACAUUUUAUAGAAUUUUCCUUCUGGAACAGUAUAAUUAAUAUUUAACAUGAAUGUUUUUAUCAUACGUUAUUAUUGUAUAAUGAACCAGAUCAAAACAAUGAAUGUAUGUGAUGUAGGAUUUUUGUAAACUAGAUCCAUUUAAAUGAUAUUGUAGAAGAAAUUAUUUGUAUGGACAAUAAACUGUUUCAUUCAUACCA